GGCCGGCUAUCCAUGGCGCGCGCGCACCCGCUCAACGUCCUGGCGACGCUCGACCGCGCCAGGACGCAGCGGUACCAUUUCACCGCCGCCGCGAUUGCGGGCACGGGUUUCCUCGCCGGGGCUUACGACCUGUUCUCUAUCAUCUUUGUCGCCAGGCUGAUCGGCCGCGUCUACUACGCUGAUGAAACUGCCAGCCCCGGCGAGCCCGGGGGCCAGCUGCCCCACGACGCCGCGGUCGCGCUCAACGGCGUCGCGUUCAGCGGCACGUUUGUUGGGCAGCUCGCGUUCGGCUGGCUCGGCGACAGGAUCGGUCGCCGACGCGCCUACGGAUGGACACUGGCGCUCAUGGCCGUGUCCUCCGCGGCGUCCGGGCUCUCCUUCGGCCGCGAGGCGAAGGCCGUGCUGGCGACACUGUGCUUCUUCCGCUUCUGGCUCGGUGUCGGGGUCGGCGGCAGCUACCCCCUGAGUGCGGCCAUCAUCGCGGAGUACGCCAACAAGCGUACCCGCGGCGCCUUCGUCGCCGCCGUCCACGCCAUGCAGGGUGUCGGCAUCCUCCUCGGGUGCACUGUCGCGCUCGGCGUGUGCUCAGUCGUGCCGGAGGCCGACCACGUGUGGCGCGUAAUCCUCGUGGCCGGCGCAGUGCCGGCCGCUCUCAGCUUCUACCUGCGCACGAAGCUGCCAGAGACCGCUCGGUACACGGCGCUCGUCGCACGCGAGCCGAAGCGUGCGGCGGCCGACAUGUCGCAGGUGCUCCGCGCCAGAAUCCAAGAGCAGGAGCUGGACGUCUCCGUCGGUCGCAUCGACGACGAGUGGGGCCUCUUCUCGGUGCAGUUUCUGAAGAGCCAUGGCCUCCACCUGCUGGCCACCUCAAGCGCGUGCUUCUUCCUCAGCGUGACCUACUACAGUCAGAACAUCCUCCAGAAGGAUCUCCUCGGCAAGCUUGGGUGGGUCUCCCCUUCCCCGGCGGCGAGCAUGGGCGCCGUCCAGGAAGUCGCCCGCCUCGCCCGCGCGCAGGCGCUCAUCGCGCUCUGCGGCGCCAGCCCGGGGUACAUCCUGUCGGUCGUCCUCAUCGAUGUCCUCGGGCGGCGCCGCCUCCAGCUCGCCGGCUUCACGGUGAUGACGCUCUCAAUGCUUGCCCUCGCCAUCUCAUACGACCACUGGACGUCGCACGCUGCCGGCUUCUUCGCGCUCUACAACGUGACCUUCUUCUUUGCCAGCGUCGGGCCCAACACCACCACGUUUGUCGCGCCCGCGGAGCUCUUCCCGGCGCGGCUGCGGUGCACGUGCCACGGCGUCGCCAUGGCCGCGGGGCGGGCCGGCGCGGUUCUCGGGGCGUUCGGGUUUCUAUCCAAGGGCGCCGACAGCAAGUACGCGUCGGGCAUUGGUACCCGGAACGAGCUGUUUGUGCUGGCCGGCACCAAUUUCCUGGGCAUGCUGAUGUCUCUGUUCGUCCCGGAGACGAGGGGCGCGUCACUGGAGGUACUGUCGAAGGAGGUCGUCUACGAAUCAAUUGACAUGUUUAUGGAUAGCAAUGGGGAAUAAUCACUUUAUUUCGCA